GGUCAGGAUUGGCAUGUACGACUCACACUCACUAGUAAUGUCCUCAACCCUGAUGAAUUAUCUUGCUGGGGUAUCAUCUCAGAUUUUUGGACAGAUCUCUUUAACAAACAGACCAGGGGAAAGGAGAAGGAUGACGGGUGUGCUCAUUCUAACGUUCUGUCUGCUGGGAGCAGCUUUGACUAGUUCAGUCCCUCAGUAUGAUGUCACGGAUGAGCUACCCCCACAGAGAGAGAUGUCUGAACAGGUCGUUCAGUAUGGUACCUUGGACCAGUUUCCCCUACAGAGAGAGAUGGUUCCUCAGGUGUCUCAGACAGACAUUCUGGAUCAGAUGAUCCCUCCACAACUCAACCCUCAGGUCACCGUACUACCACAGGUGCCAGGGAACCAGGUAGACCACACCCCCCCCUGGAACUCCUCCUCCUCACCUCAACAGGUCUCUGACCUACCACAGCUGCCAGGGAACCAGGUAGACCACACACCCCCCUGGAACUCCUCCUCCUCACCGCAACAGAUCUCUGACCUACCACAGCUGCCAGGGAACCAGACCACGAGUUCCUCUGAGUCCCAGAGCUCUGACCAGAGCCACUCAUCAGAGAGCUCUCCAGAGGACACAUCAGAAGACACGACGUCAGAGGACAUUCAGAGUCUCAGCAGCAGCAACAGCAGCAGUAGCAGUGACUCCCGUAGCAGCAGCAGUAGCAGUGACUCCCGUAGCAGCAGCAGUAGCAGUGACUCCCGUAGCAGCAGCAGUAGUAUGCCUCAGGACAGGACUGGUGUUAACCUGGACGGAGACACACAGGAUGACAGCCAUGGUAGUGAGGAGAAUCAACGCAGAAAUUGGCUGGCUGCCUUCACCCAUUACCAGAGGAGGAGUCGCUUGACUGUGAUGGGUGGAGCAACAAGUAGGGUGGGGGCUGCUGGUGGGGUUAGGUGUCUCACAGCAGGCUGUAGGGGUGACACCGUCUGCCAUAGCAAUGAACUGACCUUUGACCUGGGGGACGAUGCCCCUGGCAACCAGUACAGCAACCAGCAUGGAGAUGAUAUGAUAAUGUGGCCAGACCAGGAAGAGACGAGAGGAGAGAGAGAACUGGGACUGGGAUUAAAGAAAUGA